AUGCAACAGAGUUUCUCUGCUCUGCCUAAGUUGUUCAUCCAGACUUUCGCAAAGCUUAUUCUUGGGCACUUCUGUUGGUUUCCCGUCAAGCGCGUUGUUGGUUCGCCCCUUACUGUGCUUGUCAUUUUGCUGCUCGCUGGGUUGAUACUCGUCGGAUUGGUAUUCGCUGGGUUGUUCCUCGCUGUGGGAGCUGGCGUCAUCUUCAUCAAUAUCCUCAUCCUCCUCAUCAUGCUCAUUGUCCUUUUCGCUAUCGAAGGCUGCAUCAUGAACUGUAUCGCGUUGAAACCCUUCACUUAA